AUGCCAUCAUCAGGUCCAUCUAGAUCUUCCCCCUCAGGAAGAACAGGCGCUCCCAGACAGUCCAAGAAUACCAAGUUUCUUCUUACUUAUGGUACUAGGUACAUCAACAAUAAACUGCUAGUGGGUGUUGAACCAAUCCAAUACAUGUUCAUUCUAGAACCAGAAUAUGGGAUAUUUUAUCUUGACAGUCAUAAUCAAAUAUGCUUUCAACGCACUAAUGAUCUUCAUUCUGCUCCCACUGAACAUUUGUUUCAUCUUCGCUUGGAAAGACUUGGUCAUUUUGAACUAGAAAGAGCAUAUCACGUGUCGAUAUCUCUGGAUCUUAGUAGAAGACUAUAUGAACUUAAAAUUGAUCAAUUUAGAUAG